AUGGCUUAUGUAGUAGGGGGUGAAAAUAAGGAAAAGGAAAAUGAGAAGUUGUCUGCUCUAGAGGAAAGACUAAGAGCUAUAGAAGGUUUAAACAUGUAUGGCUCAAUUGAUGUAUCUUCACUGAGAUUAGUACUAGAUGUAGUAGUACCACCUAAGUUUAAAGUCCCAAAUUUUGACAAGUAUACCGGAAAUUCAGAUCUCCGCAUCCAUUUGGCCACUUACAUAGUGAAAAUGUCUACCCUCACAGAAGAUAACAGACUUUUAGUCCAUUUCUUUCAUGAAAGCCUAUCCAGGGCAGCCUUACGAUGGUGCAUACAGCUAGAUAUGAUGCAGAAGAAGGAAUAUGCACAGAGAUGGAGGGAGAAGGCAGUUGAGGUAUAUCCUCCAAUUACUGAUAAUGAGCUUUGCUCUCUAUUCAUCGAAACCCUGAAGGCCCCGUAUUUUAAUUUGAUGAUCGAAAAUAUGUCCAAUAGCUUUUCUGACAUUAUCCAGGCCGGCGAAAGGAUUGAAGCUAAUCUCAGGUUAGGAAGGUUGCAGGAGUUGACUGGAGAAAACUCUGCAAAGAAAACUGCCAAUUUCAGGAAAAAGAGAGAAGGUGAUGUACACUCUAUCACCAGACAAGCUCAACCACCGCUCCCUCAAAAUAACUUUCGACCAUACCCUCCAAUUCAAGGUCCAAUGAUAGCAAAUUUAAGACCACCUGCUCCUCAAACCAACCCAAGACCACCAAGGAAUUUUGAUCCGCCCCUCCCUCUUUCGCUCAGUGAAAUCUAUCGAUACCUAUUAGGUAUAAAUCAGAUAGUGCCCAUCCCCCUUGACUUGGUUCAGCCACCAUAUCCUAGGUGGUAUGAUGCUAAUGCUCGAUGCGAAUAUCAUGAUGGGGUAGUGGGGCAUUCAACUGAUAAUUGUGGAGCUCUUCGGGGAAGGGUACAGGAUGAAAGAUCAAUCUUGGAGGUAAAUCAGCUGAUUCCGCAUUUCAAGGAGAUUUUUACAAUUGCGGUAAGAGAGGGAUAUCUAUGCCCUCAGGGAUUUGGGCCGAGAAGUGAUCAGUAUAAUUCAGGAUGCCUCUACCAUGGAGGAGCAGCCGAUUAUGAGUUACACAACUGUGAUGAAUUCAGGCAGGAAGUUCGGAGAAUGCUAUCACUCAGAAUUUUGAGAUGUCAGUGGAGGUCAAGGAUAGAGGAUGAAGUGAACAUAGCCAGGUUUGGCCGAGAUACCUCUACCCCCAAUCCAAGAAUAGUCUUUUCUACUCCCAACACACUAACAGCACCAGUACAACAAAUAACGAUCAUCCGAACUCCGCCUCAACUCCCAGUCACUAAUACCAAUGCAGUACCUUAG